CGGCGGGGCCGCGCGGAGGCGGAGGCGGCCAUGGAGGGGCUGGCGGGGUACGUGUACAAGGCGGCCAGCGAGGGCCGGGUGCUCACCUUGGCCGCGCUGCUGCUGAAUCGCUCCGAGAGCGACAUCAAGUACCUGCUGGGCUACGUGAGCCAGCACGGCGGGCAGCGCUCCACGCCGCUCAUCAUCGCCGCCCGCAACGGGCACGCCAAGGUGGUGCGGCUGCUGCUGGAGCAUUACCGCGUCCACACGCAGCAGACCGGCACCGUCCGCUUCGACGGCUUCGUCAUCGACGGCGCCACGGCGCUGUGGUGCGCGGCCGGGGCCGGCCACUUCGAGGUGGUCAAGCUCCUGGUGAGCCACGGCGCCAACGUCAACCACACCACGGUGACCAACUCGACGCCGCUGCGGGCGGCCUGCUUCGACGGGCGGCUGGACAUCGUCAAGUACCUGGUGGAGAACAACGCCAACAUCAGCAUCGCCAACAAGUACGACAACACCUGCCUGAUGAUCGCGGCCUACAAGGGCCACACGGACGUGGUGCGCUACCUGCUGGAGCAGCGCGCCGACCCCAACGCCAAGGCGCACUGCGGGGCCACCGCCCUGCACUUCGCCGCCGAGGCCGGCCACCUGGAGAUCGUCAGGGAGCUGGUCAAGUGGAAGGCGGCCAUGAUGGUCAACGGGCACGGCAUGACGCCGCUGAAGGUGGCCGCCGAGAGCUGCAAGGCCGACGUGGUGGAGCUGCUGCUGGCGCACGCCGACUGCGACAGGAGGAGCAGGAUCGAGGCUCUGGAGCUGCUGGGGGCCUCGUUUGCCAACGACAGGGAGAACUACGACAUCUUGAAGACGUACCACUAUCUGUACUUGGCCAUGCUGGAGAGGUACCGCGACAGCCAGAACGUCAUCGAGAAGGAGGUGCUCCCCCGCAUCGAGGCGUACGGGAACAGGUCGGAGUGCAGGACGCCUCAGGAGCUGGAGGCCAUCAGGCAGGACAGGGACGCCCUGCACAUGGAAGGCCUGAUCGUGCGGGAGAGGAUCCUGGGCUCGGACAACAUCGACGUCUCCCACCCCAUCAUUUACCGGGGCGCGGUCUACGCCGACAACAUGGAGUUCGAGCAGUGCAUCAAGCUCUGGCUCCACGCCCUGCACCUGCGGCAGAAAGGCAACAGGAACACCCACAAGGACCUGCUGAGGUUCGCCCAGGUCUUCUCCCAGAUGAUCCACCUGAACGAGCCCGUGAAAGCCAAGGACAUCGAGAGCGUCCUGCGCUGCAGCGUGCUGGAGAUCGAGCAGGGCAUGGCGCGCAUCAAGACCAUGCUGGACGCCGACGUCCACACGGCCGUGGACAACUACGAGUGCAACAUCUUCACCUUCCUCUACCUGGUGUGCAUCUCCACCAAGACGCAGUGCGGCGAGGAGGAGCAGUCCCGCAUCAACAAGCAGAUCUACAACCUGAUCCACCUGGACCCGCGCACGCGCGACGGCUCCAGCCUGCUGCACCACGCCGUCAACUCGGGCACGCCCGUCGACGACUUCCACACCAACGACGUCUGCAGCUUCCCCAACGCCCUGGUGGCCAAGCUGCUGCUGGACUGCGGCGCCGACGUCAACGCCGUGGACAACGAGGGCAACAGCCCGCUGCACAUCAUCGUGCAGUACCACCGGCCCAUCAGCGACUUCCUGACGCUGCACUCCAUCAUCAUCAGCCUGGUGGAGGCCGGCGCCCACACGGACAUGACCAACAAGCAGAAGAAGACCCCUCUGGAUAAAAGCACCACCGGGGUGUCGGAAAUCCUCCUCAAAACUCAAAUGAAGCUGAGUCUCAAGUGCCUGGCUGCCCGCGCCGUGCGGAUCUACAACAUCGGCUACCGAAACCAGAUCCCCAGAACUCUGGAGGAGUUUGUCCAGUUCCACUAGGCCGCGCCCGCGACGGUUUUUUGUGUUCUUUCUUUUUUUCGUGGUGGUGCUAUCCCGGGAGGACGACACCAGGCAGCAGAAUACACCCGUGUCCAUCAAGUUUGUUUUUCUCCGUUCCUUUGGGUUUCGGGUUCCUCUGGGUUCUCGGGCGGAGACGCUGGAGGGCGGGGAAAAGCGGGAGAAGCCGCCUCCUUGUCCCGUAGUCGAAUCCGAGGUUUGGGGGUUUUGGCCCUUUUUUUUCCCCCCCCUUUU